ACGAAAGUAUGAGCAUAUCGAUGAAAUCAAGGGCAGAACCGAAAACACAGCGGCGUAAGCAAGAUGUGGAAGUUGCCCAUGCAUUUCGCUGAUAAAUGAAUCAGAGGGGAAAGGUUUUAAUCUGCUUUUGUCCGUUCAUGAUCUGGUUUGCAACUUCCGUGAACUCCGCGUCAUCUCUCCAUGUUCCAUCCUCCCUCUCAGUGGCAAGAGAAUCAAAAUUUUAUCGCUCCUCCUAAGAAACUGAAUUGGGUAAGACUAAAACCUCGAAGAACCAAGGAAAACAAACUAAAAUGAACUUAACUUCAAAUAACAACAAACCCUCCGUAGAUGACUUCCCACACGAUUUCAUGACGCAGUACCAGCGACAGAAUGGUGGACUUUUUGUUCAUGUUUUUUUAGCCGCUUAUAUCUUUACUGCGUUGGCCAUGGUGUGCGAUGGCUAUUUUAUUCCUUCUCUAGAACAGUUCAGCAGGAAGCUACACCUAAGCUCUGAUGUCGCCGGUGCAACUCUCUUGGCUACUGGAGGCUCUGUCCCAUCAUUGUUCACCUCAGUAAUCGGUGUUUUCAUCACGAAGAACGAAAUUGCCUUAGGAGCAAUAGCCGGAUCUGGAAUAUUUAAUAGCCUAUUCGUGGUGGCAAUUUGUGGUUUGUUCGCCGGCACCGUUCUGCGUUUGAAGCCAUGGCCUCUGUUGCGUGACUGCGUUUGUUACGUCUUGAGCAUAUCAGUCUUGAUUGUUGUCUCUCACGACAAAAAAGUUUACUGGUAUGAAGCAUUAGUGCUGGUGACUAUGUACCUGAUGUAUGUAGUUGUCAUGUACUUCAACACAACUCUAGAAAAAUACUAUGAAAAAUUGACAGGAUACAAAACGCAAAUUAACAAUGAUUUUGGGGAAAGAAUUGAUGAAAAAACAUCGCUUUUGAUGACCAAUAGUCAAAAUAGUACUAGACUAUCGAGCAGAAGAGAAGGAAACGAAACCGAAGAAAGUAAUCAAAGUGUCGAUCAUUCGCCAUUUUCUGUGCCUCGGGGAAUCAUAUCCAAGACUUGGUGGGUUAUUAAGUUACCAAUCACGUGUUUGUUCUACAUGACGAUUCCCGACUGCCGAAAGAUACGAUGGGGGGAAUGGUAUUUGUUCUCUUUCUUUAUAUCCAUGACAUGGAUUGGAUUGCUCACCUAUGUUUUAGUUUGGAUGGUGUCAAUCAUUGGCUUCACCCUUGGUAUUCCAAAUGUCAUCAUGAGCAUGACAGUCCUGGCAGCAGGUAGCAGUGGUCCAGAUGUUACAUCGAGCCUAAUUGUCGCCCGACAAGGAAAUGGCGAUAUGGCUGUUUCCAACUGCAUAGGCAGCAAUAUAUUUGACAUUUUGCUGUGUCUUGGACUGCCUUGGUUAGCGAAGAGCUUACUUGAAGGUUCCACAGGCUAUGUUGAGGUCCAAAACAGCGGUAUGAUCUACGUAUUGUUCAUUCUCAUUGCAGCCGUGCUGGUGGUACCACUUUUGACUAAAGUAAACAAAUGGAAUCUAAACAAGUGCCUUGGAGUAACUUUUCUUUUCUUUUACCCAAUUUUCAUUGCGGUUUCAAUUAUCCUUGCCAACAAGUGUGGUGAUGAGAGCCUAUGAUAGCCUAUGAACCCAUAGUACAUGUAUAAAUCAAGGCCUAGUCAUGCACGUGGCAUGAACUUCUCUUCGACAUGUCUGAAUCGCCAACCAAAAGUCAAAAAAUCCCGAACGAGAUAUCAUAAUGAUUGCCUUCAAAUACAAUGGUAUAGAAAUCUUACAUAUUUUAGUUUUAUAAGCUGAAGGUAAGAAAAACAGUGAUUCAAAUGGAAUACACGAAAAAGAGGAAAAUGUUCGAAAAUUAGCGUGUUUUUGACUGACUCCGGAUUGCGUGAUAUGUCACGAAAGUCUGUAGAGGUGGAUGUUUAGCGUAUGUUUGAUAUGUUAAGUUAGCUUUCGUGCGUUUUGAUUUCCUCUUUGUGACCGAUUUACUGUUUACUGAGAAAUCACAUUAAGAAUGAAGUUUCCGAUACCAUUGUUGACCGUUGGUUCUUCGUGCGUCAGUGAUAUAAUGUAGUAUUCUAGCUCAGAAAAGAAAGCACCAUUCAUCCUAUUAUAUGGCAAUGCUGCUAAGAACCUGACGUGUCCAUAUACAUACAUACAUAGACUUAAUUUAAACACGAAAGUUGAGUGUAGUUACAAAAGCUAAUGUCUUCGUGUUAAAUGUAAUAAAAUACAAUGAAAAUACAAAUUCUAAUAAGAUUAUAAAAUUUAAAUGCCUAUCAAAUAAUACAUUAAUAAAAUAUAGGAUAAA